AUGUCUACUUACGCUGGCGCUCCAUUCCCUUCAUCGUGUGCUCUGAAUCGAGAGCUUCUGGGAAAUCCUCUUAGCGCGAAUGACGAUUCUUCGCAACCGCAGACCGGGGCGAAGUCCAUACAAUACAUCCCGGGAAAUCCUGCUAUUGGCCUUCUCCCCAAUGAGGUCUAUGAUUACCUUUCCAAAGAACUAGCAACCCCGCUUCUGGAUGAGUUGUACGCCCAGCUGUGGUUAGUUGCAAGGAAAUCUGGACAUCAUAUCGAUGCGCUGCAUACGCAAAAGGCCAAGGGACGCGCUAUCAUCCCAAGCGAAGACCCGAGACUCCAUCUCAUUUGGGACAGGAACAAGAUCUACAUUAAGCCUGUACCUCUAUGUUUGCUAAAUCAUGAAUUCUGGGUACGGUAUUUGCAGCCUCUGAAGGGAGCAUCGUCGGAAAGUCCUUCGCCUGUUCCCAAAAGCCCCGAGCCAGCCGCUUCGGUGUUUGACAGCGCGAUUGCCAUAGGGUUUAUGCGCUCAUACGCAUCUCUCGUCAAGAGUCCUCUUGACUUUGCGAUCGCGAAGGAGUCUUAUCUGAUCCCGACUGAGGUUGACUGGGUCGAAUGGUCAAUCUUUAUCAAUCACUUUCGCGUUGAAGACGAUAGUGUUGCAAAGCGCUACCACUAUGGACAGUUGCGUCUCUCGCGAUUAAAUUGGGUGGUCCGGAUCUUCCGUCCAAAUAAAACUCGCACCAGAUGGUUCUACGAGACUUCCUGCUGGUCCAUUGGCGAAUUUAUGGAGAGAGCAACUUUUCCUCUCGUCUUCCUAUUUGCUAGCGUAUCUAUCGCUCUUUCAUCGAUGCAAGUUGCGCUCGCUGUUCCGGUGGAUCUACUUUGGUCUCACAGUUCAGACGAUGAGCUGCAAGAGAUGAACAGAGCAUUUUGGCUCUUUUCUAUUGCCGUGGUACUUCUAUGGCUGGUAACAUGGGUUCUCCUCCUCGGUAUUCCCGUUGUUGCGUUGUGUUCGCAAGUUUUCUGGGGAUUUAGAAAUCGAGAGAAACCAGCAAGAGAUACUUCUACUGUCUAA